GGAACAAACUUUUUCUUUUGAAUGGACCUUGCAAACAUGAUCCGAGCUGAGGGAUUUUUCCCUCACUAGAUGCAAUGGAAAUAUGAAAUAUGCAUGCUUAAAACUGACCUGACACCAGCCAAACGAUUAUACAGACUUCGAAAUGGCAACUCGUGCAGGUUUGGUUCGUGGCGCGCGCACAUUCUUUUGGCCUUUCGCUUGUGUGCUUGUGUGUUUUAGUUGUUUUUCCAUCGCCUCCUCCAACCACCACGGCCGUCGGUUGAUCUGCUGGCAAGCGAUAUUGAACUGCCAGUCGGAGCCAGAUUGUCAUUACGCUUAUGACCAGUAUUUGCACGCCUGUGACUCGAUCCUGAGCGGCCAGAGGAAGAAGUGUCCCAGUCACUGCAUCUCGUCGCUGGUGCAACUCAACCUUACCAAGAGCGGCCCGGCGCUGGAGGACUGCAGCUGCGCCUCGGACCCCCGCUGCCGGGAGAUUAAACGAGCCAUCGAACCGUGCUUACCCAAAACCAGCAGCAUGGGCUGCACCGAAGCCCGGCGCCAGUGCGAGAGGGACAUCCAGUGCCGAAGCGCCAUGGGCGAUUAUUUACUCCACUGCGGGCAACUCUUCAGCGGCUCCAGCUGCUCGAACCCGUGCCGCAAUGUCAUCGCGUACAUGCGCACACUUCCCAAAGCUCAACUCCUGGAUACUUGCGUCUGUGAUGGUUCAGAGCGGACUAUCUGCGAGUUUAUCAAAACUAGUAUGAAAACGCUUUGCUUUGACUCUCCCCUUGUGGACGAAGAAGGCUCCAGUGGGUUCGACGAUGAUGAGCCCGAUGAUGAGGAUUACCCAGAGCCCACGAGGAACACAGGUUCUGCUUCUGUGGCAUGUUCUGUUUUGACUGUGGUGGCAUCCAUUGUGGCUCUAGUGCAGCUUCCUUGGUCAAUUUGAAGUCGAGUUAAUGAUCUGCUCCAACGGCUUUUCGGGAAUGGUGCAUUUUGCCAUUUUUCUCCUGCUUCCCAGUUCGUUUUAUGGCAUGCUGUUUAAACAUUUAUUCCUUAAAACGAUCUAGUGUUUAUUCUUAUGUAUAGCAAGCAAUCCAGCAGUGACUAUCAUUUUCAACUUUUUAUUAGGUGUUCAUUAGGCUAUGUUCUUUUUUUUUAGUUUCUAGUGUCUAUCCCGUUUUUUUCUAGUAAACCUUCUUAUCUCACUAUAGUUACAGUUGCUUGUAAUAAGU